GAGUCGCUGGAGUCCUGCCUGGAGAAGCACAUCCCGCCUGAGGACCUCGCCGAGGUGAAGCGGAUCCUCUAUGGGGGCGAGGCAAGAAAACUUAAUUUGCCAGCUGCUGCUCUAUCAGCGGCUCAGGAAAGAGAUUUUGAGCUACAGGGCUAUGGAUUUGAAGCAGCAGCAGAGCAAUUGAGGAGGCCGCGUAAUGUUCGAGUAGGAUUGGUACAAAAUAAAAUUCCACUUCCUACAGACACAGCUGUGGCAGUCCAGGUGGCUGCACUACACAGACGAAUUGAGGAGAUUGUGGAAGUAGCUGCAAUAUGUGGCGUCAACAUCAUUUGUUUCCAGGAGGCUUGGACCAUGCCCUUUGCUUUUUGUACAAGAGAGAGGCUUCCAUGGACUGAAUUUGCUGAGUCAGCAGAGAAUGGGCCAACAACAAAAUUCUGUCAAGAGCUGGCAAAGAAAUACAAUAUGGUUGUGGUGUCUCCAAUCCUGGAGCGAGAUGAAAUACACGGGGGAACUCUGUGGAAUGCUGCAGUGGUCAUUUCUAAUUCUGGAGCGGUCCUUGGCAAAAGUAGGAAAAAUCACAUUCCAAGGAUUGGAGAUUUCAAUGAGUCUACUUACUAUAUGGAAGGAAAUACAGGACACACAGUGUUUCAGACACAGUUUGGAACAAUCGCUGUGAAUAUCUGCUAUGGGCGUCAUCACCCUCUGAACUGGCUCAUGUUUAGUAUGAAUGGAGCAGAGAUCAUCUUUAACCCUUCAGCCACUAUCGGAACGCUCAGCGAGUCACUGUGGCCAAUUGAAGCAAGAAAUGCUGCCAUAGCUAAUCACUGCUUUACGUGUCCCAUCAACAGGGUAGGAACGGAGUACUACAAAAAUGCCUUUACUUCUGGAGAUGGUGGAAAAGCACACCAUGACUUGGGCCAUUUUUAUGGCUCAAGUUACGUAGCUGCACCAGAUGGUCGUAGGACCCCAGGACUCUCUCGCACGCAGGAUGGACUUCUGGUGGUAGAGAUGGAUCUAAAUCUCUGCAGGCAAGUGAGUGACAAAUGGAAUUUUAAGAUGACUGGUAGGUAUGAGAUGUAUGCAGACAAGCUCACUGAAGCAGUCCAGCCGUACUUUAUACCCAAUAUAAUCAAAGAGUAAGAGAGAGCAUCUCACUACAGUCAAAUGUUACAGAACAAAUUAAAAGGUACUGUUGAACUAUAGCUUUACUGUGGCUCACAGGUUGUUAUUUUAAAGUUGU